AUGAACACAACCUUUUCUAUUUCAUCACCCUUACGUCAUUCUGCUAAUGAUAUUCUUCCAUCUUCACCUGUAAGAUCCCGCGGAUUUAGUGGCACUAUGACAUAUACUCUCAAAGAACAUCCAACAACAACGUUUAUUUUACCAUUAAAAGACACAUACAAGAAUUUGCAGAAGCUUAUUCAUAAGUAUUCCGUUGAGUGCUAUUUAUCGGAAACAAUGCCAGAAAUGGCAACACAAUUUGUUUUAGUUACAAAAUCUUUUGAGCAUUUCACAGAACUAGCAAAUGGAUUCUAUCAAGGAGUGAAUCUAUCACCAAGAGGACGCACUUCAUUGAGAACCUCUGCUUUGCAAGUUGCAGCACGUGCUCUUGUUGAAAAUUGGAUGGAUUUUAUUGAUAUAAUGAAUGAUGUUUUCCACCAUGGCCUGAUAUAUUUUUACCAAUUGAUUCCAAAAUACUUUGCUGCUGUCCAUGAAGACUUAAAUGCAACCUUAGAAUCGUUUAAAUCGUAUUCCUACAAAACAGAUGUUCCAGCCGGCGCAAUUCGCAAGCUCCAAGACGAGGUUUACCGCUUACAAGAUAUUGGAGCAGGAAUUUGUAAGCAAUGUGAGCCAAGAUACCAACCAAACUUAGAAGACGGAGAAUACCUUAAAACAGCGAAAAGAUUCAUCGACAGAAUUUUCAGAUUUUUCUCAGUGACUCUUCCAAAACAAACAAUUACUUCUGGCCAAGUUUUUCGCGUAAGAUCUAGGAUAAAUGCAAGCUGUGGCGAGCUGGAAUCAGUAAUUCUUGGUGCAAUGAAAUUUAAAGAUAUAUCAGAAGAGGUCAAAACAUCGAUUAUUGAAGUGAACGAAGGAAUGGAGAAAAUUUUAGCACAAAUGGAGUUUCCUUUCGGAUUACAACUCGACGUAUCUUUCGAUAAUGAAGAAAAUACCGAGGUCGUUGAUCGUGAUCUUUCAAAUGAAAGCGCAAGAGAAAAAAUUGACCAAAUUAAAACUCAGAUUCGCGAUGCAAACAAUACAAUUGAUCACGCUGAGAAGCUUCUUAGGCAUUGA